ACAAACUUGCUUUUAAACUUGAAGACGUAAAUCCGGAGCCGCUCGGCGGUAUGCACCGCGGGACAAGAGCCACAAGCUCGACAGUAGUGAAAGGAGCCUCCGGAGCCUCCGAUACCACAGAGCCUCAUCCAGGUGUCGUGAUAUCUGACCGCCCAGUGGCAGCGCUGGCCACACCGGGUAAAGGAUGGGCGGCCCAAAGGUCACUUGGCAAUGGCCUCUUUUCUCGCGCGGUGAGCAUUCGGCCCUUUGGUGAUCUCAGGCGAUCCUCGCCUGAAAGACAUGAAUGAGGCACGCCAUGUUUCACGUACGAGGGACCUCAGCGCUUCUACAAGAAGCCGAAGGUCUUCCGUCGAUCACAUUACCCAAGAACGAGUUGCGUUUGGAGUUCGGGCAGGUCCAGGUACAAAGCCCGAAGCUAAUCUACCACUCGAGCGACUUCGACGCAUUAGGUCUUGAAGAGUUGUGGCCAUUAGGAUUGAUACUCGGUCGAAAUAGCUCCAAAAAUGAGGCUGUAGAAGCGAGACGUGACACCACACUGGCGCCUGUACUGCGUUCUGCUUCGGCUCGCAAAUGCGCGUCAAGAGUCGACAAUUUGUACAGCUUAGACGCCUCAGCGCAGCAUCCACAUGACAUGAACUCUGCUAUACUAGAGAUCGCUCCACUGGGGCAUACACUUAAUCAGACUCAUUAUGCAACCCAAGUCAUGUACCGGCUCUAUGACUUGAAUGAUGCCAAAAUGAUGCCAAAUCCCGCUUUCCUCCACGCUGGACUUAGCAACAUCUGGACGAAUUCAUGUAUAAGCUCUGUAAACGAGUGCAGAAGUCCGUUCUAUUUCGGAAACGGUGUUGCGGACUCUAUCAAACUUAAGCACUCUGCUCGUAUCCCUUGGACCAAUGAUCUUCACGCUAUGACGGGGCCAAUGCGGUGCCCGAGGUUAACAUACUUCUCGAAUGUCUAUGAUACAAUGGAACAAGCUCACGGAAUCGAAAGUGACCAGGCAAACCAGCGCUAUAACGAGGCCCCCGCCUUUGUGCUUGUUUUAGUAGUCUCUUCACCACAAGUGUGGCAUGUAGCCACACUAAGGUUGCGGAGAUGCUUCGUGCAGUGCCGGUGUAGAUGCCGGUGGCAUAUUGCGUGCGGGUGAUCGCCGGGCAGCGCCUUCAUAAUCGUGGCAAUGCAAGGUUGACUAGUAUAUGUGCUGU